AUGGCUUCCCGGGGCCUGGGGGGCCUGAGCGGGAGCCGUGGCGGGGGCGGCGGCGGCGGCAAGAAGAGCCUGAGCGCCCGCAACGCCGCGGUGGAGAGGAGGAACCUGAUCACCGUGUGCAGGUUUUCUGUAAAGACCCUGAUCGAUCGAUCCUGUUUUGAGACAAUUGAUGAUUCUUCUCCUGAAUUUAAUAAUUUUGCAGCAAUUUUGGAACAGAUUCUAAGUCACCGGCUAAAAGGUCAAGUAACCUGGUUUGGUUAUGAAAGUCCGCGUAGCUUCUGGGACUACAUCAGAGUGGCUUGCCGGAAAGUCUCACAGAACUGUAUCUGCAGCAUUGAAAAUAUGGAAAAUGUCAGUUCCUCUAGAGCUAAGGGUAGAGCCUGGAUCAGAGUUGCACUCAUGGAAAAACAUUUAUCUGAAUACAUCUCUACAGCUCUGAGAGACUUCAAAACAACCAGAAGAUUUUAUGAAGAUGGAGCAAUUGUCUUGGGUGAGGAAGCAAAUAUGCUUGCUGGCAUGCUGCUUGGGCUCAAUGCUAUUGAUUUCAGCUUCUGCCUCAAGGGAGAGGGACUGGAUGGCAGCUUUCCUGCUGUAAUAGACUACACACCAUAUUUGAAGUUUACCCAAAGCUCUGACAGCAUCAGCAGCGACGAGGAGGAGCUGAGGACGCUGGGCAGCAGUGGCAGUGAGAGCAGCUCCCCCGAGAACGUGGGGCCUCCUUACAUCAUGGACGAGAACACGUGGUUCAACAAGUGUAAGAGGGUCAAGCAGAAGUACCAGCUCACCCUGGAGCAGAAGGCUUAUCUUGAAGAACUCUUAAGACUUCGAGAGAACCAGCUGUCUGAAUCUGUCUCCCAGAAUAAGAUACUACUACAAAGGAUUGAAGAUUCUGAUCUGGCCCAUAAAUUGGAAAAAGAACAAUUAGAAUAUAUAAUUGUGGAGCUGCAAGAUCAGUUGACUGUGCUAAAGAAUAAUGAUUUAAGAUCAAGACAAGAGUUAACUGCCCACCUCACCAACCAGUGGCCUUCCCCAGGAGCUUUGGAUGUCAAUGCUGUUGCCUUGGAUACGUUGCUUUACCGAAAACACAAUAAACAGUGGUAUGAAAAAAGUUAUCAAAAUCUUGACCAGUUAUCAGCUGAAGUUAGCCUUUCUCAGACUUCCCUGGACCCAAGCCAGUCACAAGACGAUGGAAAACAAGACACGUUAAAUUCAAUCAGUGAAGGUAAAGAAGACACUCCCUCCUUACUUGGUCUCUGUGGGUCUCUAACAUCAGUGGCAAGUUACAAAUCUCUAACUAGCCUCAAAUCCAAUGACUGUCUUGCAAGUCCUACAGCAGAGAUGACAAGUCCAGGCCUAACUCCAUCCUGA